AUGUCGAUUGCAGCUGAUGGCAUAUACGCCGCCUUGCCUACGACGACCAGAGGGCAACCCACCCCGCUGUCCGCAGACUCAAAGGGCGAACGAAUAGCCUACGCCUCAAAUAAGUCAAUAUUCCUGAGGUCGAUCGAUAAUCCCGCCAUAUCUACUCAGUAUACGCAACACACAGCUUCAACUACUGUUGCCAGAUUUGCGCCGUCCGGCUUCUACUGCGCUUCAGGCGAUGCUUCGGGAAUCGUCAGAGUAUGGGACUGUUCACCUAAUGGUUCAGGAGCCACAAAAGGGGAAUAUGCCAUCAUUGCUGGAAGGAUCAAUGAUCUUGCGUGGGAUGGGGACAGUCAACGUAUAAUAGCUGUUGGCGAUGGGAAACAACGUUACGGACAUUGUGUGACUGCCGAUUCGGGCAAUACGGUAGGAGAAAUCAGUGGGCACUCUGCGCAGGUCAACGCGGUCAGCAUCCGACAGCAACGGCCGUUGAGAGCAGCAACAGGUGGCGACGACAAGAAUUUGGUUUUUUAUCAUGGAGCACCGUUCAAAUUCAACGACAUCCCAGGCAGAGGUAAUCAUACUAACUUCAUCUACGGGGUCGCUUUCUCACCAGACGGAAGUCAUCUGGUCAGCGUGGGUGGUGAUAAGAAGAUCUAUUUGUACGAUGGCAAGACGGGAGAGGUCAAAACAGAGAUCGUCGAUAGCUCAGACGGCCACAAGGGCAGCAUCUUCGGCGUUUCAUGGUCCAAGGACUCGAAGAAUUUCGUCACCUGCUCAGGCGACCGUACCGUCAAGACUUGGGAUGUGGAGGCUGGGAGAGUUACACAAACAUGGACCUUCGGCGACGGCGUUGCUAUUCCAGAUCAGCAGGUUGGUGUGGUAUGGCCUCCAGGAAGGGCAGAUGGCUUGAUCAUCUCCCUAUCGCUCAGCGGAGAUCUCAACUACCUGAACACAAGUUCGAAUAAACCGACAAAGGUUCUGUCCGGGCACCAGAAGAACAUCACAGCACUCACCUCUUUAGGCGACACUGGAGGUGAAACCUUGUGGACGGGAAGUUACGAAGGUCGUCUCUGUGCCUGGGAGCCUGCGAACGGGACCGCGGAAACUAUCGAAGGUGAUGGGCAUACCAAUAUUAUAUCUGGGCUUGCAGCAACAUCCACUGGCAAGCACCCUCAGGUUUUCUCAGUAGGCUGGGACGACUCGCUCAGGACUGUCGAUGCUGGCGCAAAGACCUUUACUGGGAAGGCAACCCCGCUGUCUUCCCAACCGAAGGCCUUGACCUGCACGUCGGACUCUCUGGUCGUUGUUGCUCAACUUGAAAGCGUCAUUGUGUACCGAGACGGCGAAGAAGACGGAGAACUUCCACUCAAGUCAACACCAACAUCCCUCUCAUCCUCAGGAAGUACCGUCGCCAUCGGUUCGGAGGACUCAAGCUUGCGGCUGUUCUCUGUAACACCUGGAAAGGCACCAAAACAGACCGCGGUCGUGGAAAAAGUCUCGGCCACUCCUUUAACGGCCAUAUCGUUCUCUCAAGAUGGUUCCAUGGUCGCUGCAGGCACAGCAGCUGGCAAGAUCUAUGUUUAUAAGAUCAGCAGCGGAGUUACAGGUCUAGUGACAGGCACGGCAAGCCUUGAUCUUGUGACAGACCGUUGGAGUGCUCACACUGGAAAAAUAACAAGUAUCGCGUGGAAUCCAGAAGGCACCGGAGCUGUUUCAGGGAGCCUGGACACCAAUAUAUUCGCUUGGAGCCUCAAAGAGCCAGGGAAACGAGUAAAGGAGACCAAUGCUCACAAGGAGGGGGUGAAUGGUCUUGUUUGGCUGGGUGAUACAGUUUACAGCACUGGCGCCGAUGCAACAGUGAAGAAAUGGAAGGUCAAGAUAGCUUAG